AUGCAUGGCAUGGGAAACAACAACUGCAUGAAGAUGCACCUUCUCCCAACCCCGCCCCCACCACCUUCGUAUGACGAUUUCCAAUGGAUUUCCAAUGAAUACUACCGAUUCGGCCACAAACCCCACCAUCAUCUGCCAUCUGCUCGCGACCAACAAAGCUUCACGGAUCAGGAAAAGUCACCUUUGCAUUGGCCCAAGUCAUGCCGGCUUUUGCGAGCCAUCACAAUCGCAGCCCAAGACAGAAGGGUCGCGGGACACCAAGGACCAAGGGAGGGGGGUCAGAGGAAACGGCCGUCUUCAUGGCAAGGCCUGCCAUGGCAUAACACACGGCCGUUUGGCUUCUCUUCUUUCUCGGCUUGCCCUGCCGCCCUCCCAGUUUUCAACGGUGCGCCGGACGGGACGCCGACAUGCAGGGGAGCAGACACGCACCCAGAUGGCCACGCGGAUGAUGGGCCUCCUGUACAGACGGGCGCACACGUGGGCGCACAGAUGAACGCGUGGAUGGGCUCGACCACAUGGCUGGCCUCUGACAGAACCACCGCCGCUGCCACACCAAACCCAAUCUCGUCCCGGCAUCCCAUCUACAUUGGCGCAUCAAAGUCCACAAACAUCCACAGACAUCCACCUGCCCAUGCUGGAGAUGCAGUAGCCGGCCGGGGCAUCGAGAUCAGCGAUUCGAGCCAGCCAGCCGGGUGGCAGCGAGAUCCAGAAGCCAUGCAAGAGGAUGGCAGCCCUGCGCUUGCAGCCCCCCAGCCUCUCCAUCCUCUCCCCAUGUACCACCCUGCCGCAGGGCCCAUGCGUCCCCAUACGGCAUCAUGGUGGAACGGGUCAUGGGCAGCAAUCACCGCAUUUCCCAGGGCCCAACCGUCGUACGCCGGUGCCCUACUAGGGAGGCCCCGACGCCGUGCCGGCCAUAUCAAGUCCCACUUCGCCGGUUGGCGCGUUCUCCACCCACGGCGCUGA